CCCCUGCAGGGCACCUCGGCGGGUCCGGCCUCGGAUCUCUCGGGCUACAUCAACCGUGGCCCUGAUGAUCGUAUCGCCUACGAAGGAGAAGGUCUUAUAUCCAGUGGUUCAGCUGGAGUUGCUUCAUCCAGCAUCUCCGGCCUACAAAACGACCGUCGUCGUCGGCUGAAAAGCCGUGACAGAAGGAACAACGCGGGUGUAGUGAACCAACCCACCUUCAUCUGA